CAACAAAAAUGGAGACGACACAGUUGGAAGAGAAAUCAAAUCGAAAAUAGCCAAGAGAAUGUUGAAAACCCCCUCAAAUCCGAUGCUUCCUUUGAUUCCAACAACCUCCAAAAGCCCAUCUGGUGAAAUCUUCAUUUCGAGGAUCUACAUAAGAAAGCACUCAGAUGUUGGUUUUUGUUUUCCAUACUUAAGGCUAUAGAGAGUGGUGAAUUGGAGGCUAUCAAGCCUUUGCCUUGGUUCCCUAAGAAUCUUUCUUUUCACGGAAGGAGAUUAGGAAAAACCAGAUUCUUGAGAGGGUUUCAGCUGUCAAGAGACAAGGCCCGUUUUACAUCAUGGUCAGCUUCUUGUCCCAAACCACAUUGUUGCAAGGUUUUGUAA